UCACUACACUCGCUUGUGUCCACUCUCUCCAAGACCAGGCCAAGCGCUCGCAAACAAACACGACGUGGCGUAUCGUAUCGUAUCCAGCACGCAGACAGGCGUUACCACUCCUCGGACCUCGGGUGCUGGGGGCCGGUCGUCGUCUCCGUGUGUGUUGUGCUUAUUGUGCGGCGCUAGCUUGCUGGCGACACGGAGCACCAUGGCAGCGGGGCUCGGUUUCUUGAAGGCCGUGGCGCUGGUGCUAGCGCCAGUCGUGCUCGCCGUCGUGCUGUACAGUCCCAGGGACUUCUCGCCGGCUCCGAUGCCGCCGGAGUACUCGUACGGGCCCGACGUGUCCGCGCCGCGGCACGAGCGCCGCGCGCUGCAGCGCAGCGAGCGCGUGGGCGAGGGCCGCCUCCCGGGCCCGGAGGACCUGGCGUUCGACGCCGCCGGAGGGUGGCUGUACACGGGGUGCGCCGACGGGUGGGUCCGGAGGGUCAGCGUCCCAGGCGGCGACGUCGAGGACUGGGUCCGGACCGGCGGCCGCCCGCUCGGUCUCGUGCUCGCCUCUGACGGCGCUCUCAUCGUCGCCGACGCGAACAUCGGGUUGCUGAAGGUGAGCCCGGACCCGGACAGGAAGGUGGAGCUGCUGACGGACUCGGCGGAGGGCCUCAAGUUCGCGCUGACCGACGGCGUGGACGUGGCCGGCGACGGCACCAUCUACUUCACGGACGCGUCGUACAAGUACAACCUCGACAACCACAUGACGGACAUCCUCGAGGCGCGGCCUCACGGGAGGCUCAUGAGCUUCGACCCGUCCACGCGGCGGACGGCCGUGCUCGCGCGCGACCUCUACUUCGCCAACGGCGUCUCGGUGUCGCCGGACCAGAGCUCCCUCAUCUACUGCGAGACCGUGAUGAAGAGGUGCUCGAGGUACCACAUCGCCGGCGAGAAGAAAGGCACGAUCCAGAAGUUCAUCGACAACCUGCCGGGAUUUCCCGACAACAUCCGUUACGACGGGGAAGGCCGCUACUGGAUUGCCCUGUCCGCGGGGAGGACUCUUCAGUGGGACUUGCUGAUGAAGUACCCCUUCAUCCGGAAGCUGGUGUACCUCGCGGAGAAGUUCGUGGCGGUUCCCCAUGCGCUGAAGAACUCCGGGGCGAUGAGCGUGGCACUGGACGGGAAGCCGGUGACCAUGUACAGUGACCAGGGCCUCGCCCUCGCCACCGGCUGGCUCAAGGUCGGCGAGCACCUGUACUACGGUUCACUGACGGAGUCGUACCUCAGCAAGAUCGACCUCACUAAAUCUUCAGUCGAAUAAUAAUCGUGUUUGCUUGACUUUCUUUUGGACAGCGGUUAGAUUUGAAAUCUAAGUACAGUUGUAUGAUUGGAUACAUCCCUCUUUACUUCUGUUAUUAUAAUAAGUACGCUUGCUCU